GAUUGUGCUGUGACAGGUAUUGGGAAACCAAGUGCGUUACAUCGAUAUUUGACAUCUGCAAAGAUGCGGAAGUAAAUGUCGUUUGCUAUAGAUGAACCUAGUCAACGGGCUUACGUGUGAUAUCUGUCGACCAGCUCCGGGGCAAGACGGUGGUAGCGUGCCGUACCUUUGUGAUUGAUAGCUCUUCCUUCUUGGUUUCCGUGUUUCGAUCGUAUCGAGUGAUGCGACCAGAUUUCAACGCUGUCAGUUUGGACUCAUUGGAGCAGCAAUUUUCGGUUUUGUUGUCUCUCAUGCCGGAUCUUUGAAAGCAGCUACAACGUUAGAAAACUUCUCCGAUUUGGAAUCGGAGUUGUGCCUAAACUGCUGACGUUGUAAGAGAAGAGCCUCGCUGGUCUAUACGUGCCAACAGCUAGUGAUAGAGGGUUCUACUAAUCACCCGCCGGAGACACCUCCGAGGAAUGAGAAGAGUUUCACCAACUAGUUCUGAGCUGGGUGUGCAUGCUGGCUCGUUCUGGAAAAAGUGUUUGCGAAAUUCGUGCCUGCUUCAGCCUGCAGAGUGGAGUUGCAUCUUUACCGAGAGAUCGUUCAGUGUGUUCUCACCGUCUCGUUUGAUUCCGAUUUCUGGAUUGCACCAUACUUGAACGGACAGUCUGCAGCAUACUUGUUCCAAGACGCUUUCACUCAGCACUUCGGGGCGAGAACAAGCGUGUUAUUUCGAGGCUAAGAUCUCAAUUCCAGUCAAGAGGAGGAUGAAUUGUACAGGAAUUAUAGCUGAGGUGGAGGCCUUACUUCUUGGCGAGUUGAGUUAGGGGUCUGGCCUCUGACGGCCCCUAAUGGCACUCUAGGAGCUGCUCUGGGGAAGGAAGUGCAGGAUUUUUAGCAGCUGGAGUCCACGGUGUACGAAUAACACAUGGCUCACUGUUGAAACACGCAAGAACAACAAGAAAUGGAACAAAGAGUGGACCGAUAUGCGAGUGGUCGAGGUGAAGAGGCUCACAGGCGAGGAGUCACAGGCUCACAGCAACUCGACACUGGACAGAGAGAUUCAAGCUCUCUGGACAAAGAGAUGGAAGCGAGAAUGGACAGAUACGCAAGUGGUCGAGAUACCUACGCAAGGGAUGCGGCGCAUAGUGGUAAAGAAACUUCGUCCACUUAUGACUGGAAGAGGAGGGACAGGUCGUCUGCAACUCAAUGGAGUCCACCUUUCACGUCAAGCAGUUCAUCUGUCCAAGAAGGCAGUGGCAGAUUUCAUGGUGGAUUUGACCUGCCUACAAGUACAAGUUCUCCUCAACCAUCUCCCUUCUCAGGUGCCUCCUCCUUGCUGGGUACUGACAUUGCUCACGAUGAGACGAGCCAUAUGUCUCCUCCCAAGAGACCACGUCCUAGUCGGGGUGAAGGCACCGAUAGCGGCCACGAUGAAGCUAGUCAUCCGUCAGUACCCACCACUAAGAGACCACGGCUUGGUUGGGGCCAAGGUUUAGCAAAGUACGAAAAGAAAAAAGGUACCGAUGGUGAAGAUUGUUCGAAGGGUGCUCAUGCUGCAACGAAAGAUGAGAAUGUCAAGAAGACUAACGCGCUGUCAGAAGAGGAGACCUCAGCGGAACGGGCGUCGAAACCCGGCAAUUGUCCAGUAAGUUCCAGUUCAACUGCACGAACUUUGUUGCCUGAGAUUGGAAGUGACAAGUUUGUCUCACCAGUCGAGGGUGAGGUCCACAGGCCAGAUGGAUCGUCUAUAAACUUGGAGCUGAGUAAUGAUGCUCGUCACGGCAAUGCCGUUCAUGGGUUUCAUACGAGCACAUCAGAAGUUUUUUGUGUGUCCUCAGAUACCAUCGGACCCUCUGGGGAUCCACUCACCUCGCAGGCACCAGGUCAUGAUUUCCUUCUUUCUAAGGAUCCCAUCAACACCAUUUGUGCGCAGAAGAAAGAUUCGAGUGAAGACAAAAGCCUUCAAGAGGGUUCACCUCAAACUCUUCAAUCGAAGCUAGUUUCUGGCUUACCCAGUGACAUGUCAGGGUGGUCGAAGGAGGCAAUAGCUCAACAACUACUGAUACUGGAAGCUGAAGUGGAGGUUGUGGAGAAGGAACUGGCCAAAUUGGCACGCGAGGACGAUGGAGAUACUGUCGAUGAAGCUACCCUCGACAGUUCUGUUUUUGCCGCAUGUGAACUUGUAGAUAUGGAUGAGCAUAAUAAGGCCAAUCAAAGUGAGAGUCCACAGGAAUCAGGAGCGCCUGACACGAAGGCUUCUGACUUGGAGGUUGAGGUCACUACUGUCGUUACUUCAGUGGAAGUGGCCCCCGCUGCUCUGGUUGCAGAUAAGGCGAACAGUCAGGUGAUAGAGGUUCAAGUCCUUCCCUCGGUCGAAGAGUUAAGCAUCUCUACUGUUGUGGAAGAUGCUCAUACUGAAGCUAACGACCCUUCGAAGAGUGAUAGUGAGUGUCAGACCCUCCAAGAUUCAGACGAGCAAAUGCCACUCACAGGGAAUUCAGAACAGUGCGAAUCUCUCUCCUGCGCAUGCCAUGGUCCGGACUGUGGACUCUGUGAUGUUUCUGAUGAUGAUGACGAGGAAUUGCCGGCUACCAACUUGGGGAUCGGCGGUCUUAGCGAUCUGAUGUUUUAUAGGUAUGUCUUUUCGAUAUGGAACUUGAUUUUGGAGAACAGGAGGCUGGCAAGGAAAGCUUUGGAACCGUUUCAACAUCUUUUACUUAAGGAUGAAAACUCUCUGGAUUUCAAGGUAAAUGGCAGCCUUGAGAACACUACUGUGUGGAUCCAAAAUGAAGAAAGACACAUAAAAAAUCAGGAGCAGAUGAUGGUGAAGUUAUCUGAAAGGAAAAAGAUGCUGACCUUCAAAGAGCGUGUCCUUGCGGUGAAAUAUAGAGCUCUCAAAGACGAAUGCUACCAAGGUCAGCUUGGAUUGUGUCAUAGAAGAGAUCGUGUGAAACCGGUCCGACGGUGGGAAGUAGAACGUCGGACUGCGGCUAAUUUUGCAGUCGCUAGUCAGCGUUCCACAUUGCGGCUACGGCCCAUUAUAGCAGGUCCCACAAGAUUAUACACUGGGCAAGAAGAUGCUCAUACGAGGAGAAGGUUUUUGGCCAUGAACCCGGCUAAUCGCCUUAGGCAGGAUUUGAAGAUGCCUGAAAUGAUACUUGACGAGAAAGAGAGAUGCUCUCGUCGGUUCUUGAGCAGGAAUGGUCUUGUUGAGGAUCCUGUUUCUUUUGAGCAGGAGCGGAAGUCUGUCAAUCCAUGGACAGAUGAGGAGAAGACGCUGUUUUUGGAAAAGUUUCCUCUAUUCAACAAGAACUUCAGUAAGAUUGCUUCUUAUUUUCAACACAAAACUACAGCAGAUUGUAUUGAGUUCUACUACCGCAAUCAAAAAUCGGAAGACUUUGAGAAGAUAAAGAGGAGGCGACAACAGCUGAAGAAGCGCAGGGAUUACUCUCUUUCAGCUUCCCAAGGGGUGAAGUCAUCAAGGGGGAGUUCUCACAAGGUUGUAGAGAAAGCUCGACCUGUGAGUACCUACGACUCUGGAAACCUGGACCAGCUUGUGGUGAAGUCGGGUUUUGUCAAGGAGAACAAAUCUGUCAGCUCGGAGGUGAAGGAAAUGAAAGCAGUUAGCGCAUCUGAUGCUGCGACUUCCGGUAUUUCUCCCUGCAGUCACUGUAUCGGCACUCCCUCCACAUCGAAGAAUUACCAUGAUAAGCUGUCUGUUAAGGGUGGGUCUGCAUUCGUUACUCCAUUUGGUAAAGUUUCCAGUGUAGAGGAACAUGGAGAUAGGAAAGGUAAUAGGACAUCUCCAGUACUGCGUGAUGUAGUUGUGGAGAAUGAAGACAACGAAUCUCAGUGGACUGAUUUUGAACGUGACCUUUUCCUCGACGCUAUAGCUAAUCACGGUAAGGAUUUCAAAAGCAUCUCAGAGCAGGUUGUGUCCAAGACCCCAAGUCAAUGCCGAACAUUUUACAGUAAGAUACGCAAGCGAUACCGGCUUGAUGACAUGGCAGAACAAGCUCCUGAAACGAGUCCCAUGGAUGUGGGUGGGUUGUCCUCUAAGUCCCCUGCUGAAGUCAAGGUGAAGCUUGACGUCGCAGGCGAGUCUGCACUGGACAACUCGAAAUCUACCGACUUGGGAAUAGUCGAUAUGCAGAAAGACUCUAAUGCUGCCGAAGGCAUGUGCAAAGUAGAGGUCGUCGAAGGAAAUGAGAUGGCGGAUGGGUUGAGUCUGCUUGGUGAGGCAGUGGUGAACAACCUGACUAAUAUACCAUCAGAAAAUACUGGAGACGAAACGAAAGAAUGUUGUGACGCGAAAGAGGCUCGUGGCGAAGAUUCGGCAUCAAAGGGUGAAGAAUUGGUCGAAGCAGUCACAGUUUGUCCUACUGUUGACGAUCAAAAGCAGCGGGAGCAGUCAGUGAAAGUUGAACCGGAGACCGAAGUUCCUGUAGUAGAGAACGUGAUAAGAGUACAGAAUGAUGCGUCGGAGACUUCUACGGUCAAGGACGAGGGGGGAAGAGUGGAAUCUGGAAUGGUCGUGUAUGGGGACCCAAACUGGACUUCUGCUACACCAACGUCUUUAGUAGAUCCAUGUUGCACUCUGAAAGCACAUGAAGAAGAUUUGGGUCCUGGGAGAGUUGUGGUCAAAGCAGAACCUUUCGUGUCUCUGGACACUGGAGCUCCUUCUUAUACAGGAGUCCCCUUGGUUACAACGCAACAGAGUGCAUCGGUUCCUGUGACCUCGCCGCUUGUCACUCAAAGUGGACCGAUUAGAGAACGAGGAGCUAGACUAAAUGCGGCAGGAGAGUUCAAACCCAGACGAGAACCUACUUCUUGGACUCAGGAAGAGAAAGAGAAGUUUGCCGAAAUCAUCAGAAGGCAUGGCAAGGACUGGACCCUCUUGGAUGAAAGUCUACCAGGAAAAUCGAUGACUCAAAUCAAGACUUAUUUUCAGAACUCCAAGGCGAAGCUAGGGUUUCUGUCUACCGAUGGUUUAGCCAAUCCGGGAACAAGGGGCACUUGCAACCGGAAACGUAAACCUGAGGAAUCGGAUACUAGCAGUAAUGCAGGUUCUGCAGGGCAGAUUUGCCCCCCGAAGGUAACACUUCCGGGCGAGGAUGUCUUACAGAAGGUUGUCUCAAGCUCGAUGAUGGCCAUCAGUACAAGUGUUGGGACAGCAGGCGUAGGUGGCGAUGGUGUGGCAUACUCGCACUUUAAUCCAGGCAAUUGUCAGCCUGGUGAGGAUUCUGCCGCCAGAGAUUUGCAAAAGAUGAUAAGGAGAAUAUGCUCUGCAAGUGAGUAUGGUGCACAAUCCAAUAUUGUGGGUGGAAUUUUGCCCAUCUUUCAACCCGGCAUCUCAUCUGCUUAUCCUGGUCCCAAUUCUCAGCAGUCUUUGCUUCUAGCUGCACAGAAGCAGCAACUGAUGGUUGGUCAUCCAACAGCCCAGCAGGUAUUGCCAACGCAGGUGGGCUUACAGCAGCAACAACAGCCAGCACUGACAAAUCACAAACAACAGCAAUUGAUUAGUCACGUUGUUCAACAACUGCAACAACAAGCAGUUCAACAACUUCAGCAGCAGCAACAGCAGACUAAUCAGUUAGUUGUACAUCAGCCACAGAUGGUUCACCAGCUCCAGCAGUUGGUACAAAUGCAGCAGCAGCAGCAACAACACCUUGCUCAAGUUGCCAAGCAUAUUCCUCCUCAGCUUGUGCACCAACAGAGUCACCAACACCUACCCCUUGGACCUAAUGUUGUUCAUCAACAACAAAUGGUCUCGAGGGCUAAACUUGCAGCAGCAGGAGUGCAGCAACAAGUUGGCCAUGUCAGUCGUCUUCACCCUUCUCAUACACAACAGCAACUGUUUCAGCAACAGCAGCAGAUUAUUCAGCAGCAGAAGCAACAGCAGUUGAUUCUUCAGCAAAUUCAAGCAACUCAGUUGCAGCAUGACCUGCAACUACAUCAGCAGAUGCAAGUACAGAAGCAGCAGCAACAGCUACCACAACACCAUCAUCAACAACAGCAGUUGCAACAUGGACAACCGCUGGCAUUAUUUAGGGGUUCUUAUCAAAGCUCUUUGGCUGAAGCCGAGUUGCUUAGACAUUCCGAAGUUGUAGAACAGAGAAAUACUCCUGCAAAUCUGGGGCUUCUUCCGCGUGAAGACUUGCAGGUGCAGUCACAGAGGGCGCAACAAAAUCUAGCACAACAGCAACAAGCCAGAGCACCUCCGUCGUCGGAGUCACAACGGUUACGUAUGGGUGAUGUGAAACUCUUUGGUCAGUCCCUUCUCUCUCAACCUCAGCCAAACACCGGAACCCCUUCUAUAUCGAAUACCCACAAGACAGGGCAACCUGCCUCUCCUGCCACAACAGCCCCUUCAGCCUCUUCAGCUUCGAAAUAUUUUGUCGUCACAGAGCCAACUGUUUUGGCACCUCCUGCAUUCAAUCGACAAGCAGGGACUGCUCUCGUAGGAGAAGGAUCUCAGUCGUGGCCUCUAGGUUCUGUAGGCAACUUAGAUCUUUGGAAUAGUAUGAUGGGCGGUUUGCAGGGUGGCGGUUCGUUGUAUAAGAAUGAGGAUGCCUCGAAGCUGGAAGUGUGCAGUGUACAUGAAGCUAUAACGAAGAUGACUGCUCGUCCAAAUCGAGAAGGACAUGAGCUGGAAGGAGAUGAUCUGCACAACGCACCAGCAGGAGGUAUCAGCAAUGAUCAUCAACGGUCUACAGAUGCCGCUUGCGACCUAGUUCGUAUUGGUGCAUCAGACGCCUCUGAAGGUCCAAACAAUGACGGACACAUCCGAAUGGAGAAUGAGUGGAGGAUCAUACCUCGAGCUAACCCAGCUGCGGUUUUGAAUGCGCAGGGUGGUUAUAGUCAUGUUGUGUUGGAUCCCCAUUACCCGUAUUCAGGAGAGCGACAGAGUAUUACCUCCCAAGGUGUUGUAAAUCAGACCUGGGACGGUGUUCGUGAAAGGGAUUCGAAUCGAAAUUCUGUCGAGAGCGGCAUUGGAACUUUAGUUCCCCCAGCACUAGCUUCAGAGAUGAUUUCUCAGCAAAUAAAUUCUCGAAGUGAAGUUUAUGCUCCUUUGUCGCUCCCUUUACCAGCAGCUGCAGCUGUCACAAAGAUCAGUUCUUGGCCUGUAAGUGGAAGUUUGGCACUUGCUGGUGAAUCCGUGGGUGGUUCUUUUCAAUCCCAGGGAGUUAUUUUGCGCGGGUUACCUGACGUGGAGCAGCCUUGUACUAUGAUAACUGACUCCAAGUCGAAGAACGUUGACAACUCUGGCGGACCUGGAUAAUACUAUCACGCGUGCCGUGAUCAUAGAUUUUUCUCUACUCCAUGAUGAAGUUGAUCAUUCAUUUCAGCAGAAGUAUAGAGGUGAGUCUUGCCGGUGGAUAUUUUACAUUCGAUGUUUAUUUUUACUCGUUUGCUUCAAUACCGCAACCUUCAAGCACAGCAGAAAUAUCUCCUAAGCUGUACGCAUACGUGGCCCAUUGUAUAUAAUUAUCGUGUAAGUUUCGCCUUGAGUUUCUGUCACUUCUCGGAGUCCUGAAAAGUGACAUAAACUCAUGGUGAGGCAUUGCUUCGAAGCAACUACUUAAGGCCAGCGAUGGAAGCUGUGGAUAUAUCGAUAUGGGAUGGUUUGAAUGUUUCCAUCGAGUUUUAAGCUUUCUUGUUCCUUGUGAUUAGCUCACACAAUUCAUACUGAUCUUUGUUUGAUGUCAAAGCAUGCUGACCACAUGUAUCUACUCUUAGUGUGUACUUCGCUAAUUUUUGAACCACUUUCCAACCUAAAGAGCUAACGAGGAUUCUUGCUAGAAGAUAUUGCCACCUCGGGCGAAUAAACGAACUUGCUGACCAGUGGAGUACUCAUGUUCUUACUUGACUCAUAGUGUUAUCUGGCGUGCCCUAUUUUUCAGCAGUUGGGGUUUUAAUUUUUUCUUUUCUGGAAAUCGUGGUGGAAAAUGUCCUUUCUUUGGGUUGGCUUAUGCUGACACUAUAUUUGAAGCUCAACUGAAGCUUCUCAGUAUUCUUUUAUUGUAAUUGAGGUCUUUAUCUUCUGAUGAUGACAUUUCAGUGGAGCUUUGUCUCUCAAACGUAAGUAUACUCUCCCGUCGUCGUGUCAUGAAUCGACUUUGUCCUACAUCUAUCGGAUGUUUGCGUUGUGUAUGAAACUGAUUACGCACGAUUUCAGCAUCUUGUAUAUCGUGUCUAUCACUUGCUUUCCAAGUAUUCUUUGUCCUUGAGAGUUUCUUCUACUGCUACAUCUUUUAAUCAGUCAUAUCUGCUAGC